GUUUCCCUUGCGCCUCUUGACACGGUGGCUGCAGCUCGCAUUUUGGCUCCCUUCGCUACACACCAAAACCUUUGCAUGCCUUCUUGCCCCCUGAGUGCAGCAGCCUGGUCUCCUGGCCGGAGAGAUGCCUUCUCCUUGAGGCACUGCCGGUGUCCCCCAUCCCGACCCCUCUCCCACACCACCGGGACCCGCUGGGUGCAGGGCAGCGGUGAUGCUGAUUCCCAGCCUCCCGAAGGACGCCUGAUCCCAGCAUUGCCAUAGCAACUGCUCCUGCUGCUCCCUAGAUAAGGCGGGAAGCAGCGCCCAGCGGCACCCCAGCACGGAAAGUUGGCGCUCCAGGGAGCCCCAACGCCGAAUCGCACCCUCCCUGGCACCACUCCUUUCAAAGGGGAAGAAAAACCCAUUUCAAUGAUGUCAACAGAAUGUGUUCAGCCACUUGAUAUCCCAGAAGACAGACUGGACAAGCGAGAUUCACACUGUAACCAUUUAGAAGACCUUUCAGAGCAGCUGAUUAAGAGUUGUGACCUCAAAAAGAAACCAAGAAAAGGUAAAACUAUUCAGCCAUCCCAAAACACUGAACAGGAGCAAAAAAAGCCAAGGAGAAAAGAUACACCAGCUUUACACACACCCCCACCACUAACAGGCAUACUUUCAGACUUCUCUGAUAAUCUGCUGAAAAGGUAUGGUAUCACAGAGAAGCCACAGAGAGAGAGAGUGAGUCCAGGCUCUCAGAUCACUGAACUGGAGCAGAAAAAGCCAAGGAGAAAAGAUACACCUGCAAUACACAUCCCACCCUUGAUAAUAGGGACUAAGUUACUUACAGAAGAAAAGCAAACAGUGAUUAUGGAAGAUGAUGAAAAGGAUGGAGACACGAUCCCCAGCUAAGAUUACAGUGAUAUUUUCAAUAAUGCAAUGUAAAUAAUUCUGGGUCAUUCGAAGUGGCAGCACAUAGAAAAAUAAGUCCUUUCAUUUUUAUAAACAAUAAGUUUCUCAAACAUGCACUUGAAUUUAAACUGUCUUCAAGUGCUUACCUGCAUCUCAUGAAAUCCCAGAAAGCAUCACAGGAUACGACAGAAAAUUCGCCUACAUGUAGGGUUGGAAGGAUUCUCUUGGUUUACUAAAAGCAUCUUCCCAGGAUUUUUGUCUCUGAGGGAUCCACCUGAGAUCAGAUCUAGUAUCAUGUAGUGUGGUGAUGAGGACUGACACAAAGGACCCUACCAAUACAGUGUAGCUGGCACUAGAUACCAGAGUGUCAGUAAAUGUAUGAUAACACAUACCACUGGAUACCACAGGGUGGUAAAACCUCAGCUAAUGAUUCAAAUUGCAUUUUUCUCCUGACAUUUCACCUCAUUUUUCCAGCUCUUCUCCAUUGGAAUAACGUUGACCACAGUGAAAAUUUCCACAUGCAGGGUGGAUGUGGUUGAUGUUCCUGAAAUUCAAAGCAAACACUUCUUGUGCUUGUAUCUGCUCAUCAGUGGUGUCUGUGAGGAGAAAAGGGUAGAUGUACUGUAGUACAAAAGCUUACAGCUCUGGGCUGUCAGCAUUGACACAUCAAACAGAACAGAGGGCAGAGCUCUCAGAAGAGAAACAUAUGGGAAGCACAACACUUGCCUGUUACACUGAUGUAGACUAUUGAUUUUUUUUUUCUUUCAAAGGUUUUAUUCCUGAGUUGGUGAAAGAUGAACUAGCUGUACGUUUGAUCCUUUUACUCCACGUUUUAUCUUUUGACAUUUGCUUUUUUAAACUCAGUCCUCAGUUGUCAGCUAGGAGAGGCUGUAAGGAUUAAAAAUCACAACAGGAGAUUCCAAACUAGUAAAAGGAGUAGCAUUAUUCACUGGCAGAUGCAUACUGCAAGGUGAAACAGCAUAAUGCUUUUUUAUUAUUAUUAUUAUAUAUUUUUUAAUAGUUUAACUCAUUGAUUCAAUCAUGAAUUGUUUUCACAGCCAGCUACAGUCUUCAACAUUUGUGCAGAGACGGGUACUUGUAGAAUAUUGUACAUAAUAGGUAGGGCUGGAUAGAUUUCUGCUUGCGUUAUUAGCUCUGUACACUAGAUGGAGCAGCACUGCCAGCUGGACCCUUAGUGACCUCGGCAAAGAGGCUAAAGAUCAUCUAGCCUGGCAGACUGAAUUCAACAAUCUUUUUAAUACCUGUAGGCAGACAGCUGAGGAACACAGUAGUUUGGACUUCAUUUGCCACAGUGACUGACCCAGCAUCUUUCAUGAGAGUGCAGUCCAUUUGCAAAUGUUCAGCUUCAAAAUGUAAUCAACAAUCUUAUAAUAAAUGAUGGUAUAAUAAAGCAU